AUGCAGAAGUCAGAGGUGGGGAGGACAGAGAGGGCCAGAGUUGUCCCAGCUGCAGCGCAGCUGCUCACUGACCGGUCAGCCAGACCUUGCCGAGGGCUGGGAAUGCUGUGCUGGUUUUAUCAGCCAGCGUGGGCUCUCCUGGUGGUCAGCUGGAUGUGGUCCUGGCUUCUCUACCACCUCCCAGAGCCCUGCUCUCAGAAUUCAUACCUAUGUUUGUUUUCCCCCUCGCUGAAUGGAGACCACCCUUUACCCGUGCCACCUGCCGUCACUAAUCACAGAAGCAUAGCUGGGAGCUCAGUGGAGUUUCAUGCUGAGAAGGGUGAUGAUGAGAGCGUACAGCAGAACACUGACUUCACCUGA